AUGUUCAUCAAUACAACAUGUAAUGCUACGCUGGAUGAUAUGCGAAUUGGGAAGUCAGAAGAAGUGUUGAUAGGAGACCUAACAUUUCAUGAACUGGGUAUAGUAGUUGCUGCGGCGACUGCCUUGAUCGCCAUUAUUCUAUCACUAUAUCUCAUGUGGAUGCAUGCCAUGCAUUACACAAAGCCCUAUGAGCAGCGACACAUCAUUCGCAUCCUUUUCAUGGUUCCGAUUUACUCAGUCGCAUCCUUCCUUAGUUUUUGGCAAUACUGGCAUGAGAUAUAUUAUAGUGUGAUAUCAGAGUGUUACGAAGCAUUCGCCAUUGCAUCUUUUUUUGCUCUCCUAUGCCACUACAUCGCUCCGGAUCUUCACAACCAAAAGAUAUAUUUUCGAACCGCAACUCCAAAGCCAUGGGUUUGGCCAGUGACUUGGAUGAGAAGAUGUUGUGGUGGUGAUAAGGGUCCUUGGAGAACACCAAGAAGUGGCUUGACAUGGUUUAACAUUGUAUGGUCUGGUGUUUAUCAGUAUUGUUUUAUUCGGAUUACCAUGACUAUUUUGGCUGUUGUCACCCAAUAUUUUGGCAAAUAUUGUGAUUCUUCAGAUUCUCCAGUAUUUGCUCAUAUCUGGAUUCUCGUGAUUGAAGGUGCCGCGGUAACAAUCGCCAUGUUUUGCCUCAUCCAAUUUUAUAUACAGCUUCGGGUGGAUCUUAUUCUACACAAACCUUUCCUCAAAGUUAUUGCUAUCAAAGCAGUCAUAUUCUUGUCCUUCUGGCAAAGCUUUGCUAUCAGUAUUUUGAUGUCAUCUACCAUUGGCAUUGUCGAGCCGACCAAGUAUUUAGCAUACCCUGACCUGAAGAUUGGCAUUCCGAACUUAUUACUCUGUAUUGAAAUGGCUAUCUUCUCGGUUUUGCACUUGUUCGCAUUUCCUUGGAGGCCGUACGCAUCAACUGCGACCCCAGUCAAAUAUCCAAGUACACCCGGAUUGGAUCCUAUUGGUCCUAAACAAGGUGGUCCUCUCGGCCUUAUGGCCUUCGCUGAUGCUAUGAACCCAUGGGAUUUGGUCAAAGCAUUUGCUCGGAGUAUGCGUUGGUUGUUUGUAGGUGUUAAGCACCGCGAGACAGACUCUUCAUAUAAGCCGACAUCUUUCAAUAAUGACAAUGAUAUGUCUCUCCAAACUACAAUCUCGGAAACGGAUGCAUCAUACAAAGGACGGGAUGACGGUUUACCGAUUACCAAUGAAUACAGGAAGAGUACCUUCGGUAGUAACAAAGGGGCUAUGGAAGGUGAGGAAGGAAUUGGUCUAAUUGAUAAUGCACAACCUAACCCCACAAACCUCAAUCAUUCAGGUUACAUUCCAGCAGCUCAACGUUACACUCCUGAAGGACUGGAUAUUACCACGAAUGGACUUCGAUAUGACAACCCGGACCGCCUAGUUUCCAAUAAUCCAACUCCCGGCUCAAUGCGAAGGCAGGAAAAUCCGAUAGGCAUGGCAGUAACUGGAGAACCAGAUUCAUAUUUGAGUCAGGUGGCUCAGCCAUCAUAUGAGGCACGACCGGUGUCACCAUACAGCGUACGACAGUUAUCUCAACCAGAAAUGUUUCUCGAACAGAAACGGGCUAAACGAGCUGCAGAAAAGACCGCACGUGAUCAAUCUGAUCAAGAAGAACGUAAACGAAGCCCAGCAUCAUCAGAACAAUGGGCUGAUCCACGAAGGCCUAUACAUCCCGAUGAGCCACCGAGCCAUAUACAUAACGCAUUAUGGGGAUCACAAGCGCAACCACAUCCGACGAGGGAUGACUAUUGA